ACACUCAUUCGGUAAAUAGUUAAAGCACUUGUGUAAGGAGCAGCACACUCCUCACUUCACAACCUGAAAAAUCAGUAACAAAACUGGAAUGACAAGCACAGGAUUCUUUACAAUCCAUUAAGAGGGAUAGGACUUCAUUUCCACAACAAUAACCCUGAGGUCUGAUCUCUGUGGAGAUGGCCUGGGGUCUGGUUUCCAUGACAUUAAGGGGUCUGUUGUCAGUGGUGAUUCUACUGUGGACUGCCAUAUCCACAGAUGGGAGAGACGUCCAUGUAACCUGUGUGUUCUCAGAGGAUUGUGGCCUGCCCUGCAGCUUCCUGCCUGGCAGUGAGGAAGUCAUCCAUUGGAUGAAACCAGAAGACAAGGACCUGACCGUCCACUCCUACUACUACAGUACAGAUCAGCUCAAACAGCAGAGCCAGCGUUUCAGAGGGAGAACAGCCCUGUUCAAUGACCAGAUCCCCAAAGGAAACGCUUCACUACUGCUGAGAGGGAUCACACUCCAGGACCAGGGCAGAUACAAGUGUUACACCAGCACUAUUAAAGGCAACAUGGAGUCCUUCAUUAACAUAGCAGUGGAAGCUCCAGUCCACUUGGUGGACAUACAGUUAUCAGAUGACAUCAUCAUCACCUGCAGUUCUACAGGUAUCUACCCCGAGCCUAAACUCACCUGGUCCACUGACCCCCCCUAUGACCUUUCAUUUGACCCUGGAACCAUCCAGAACUCCACCAGCAUCAAGGUGGAUGACCAGGGCCUCUAUGACAUCACCAGCACAAAACAGUUUAGCAGAAACCGAACCAACAUCUGUACCGUGACCUCUGGGACAAUAGACAGGACAGCAACCCUGAAACAGCAAGCUCCUGUCCAAGGAUCUCCAAGCAGUGAGGUGUCCAUCCCAUGCAGUGUCUCUCAGUCUGACCUCCUGACCUUUGACCUCACCUGGACGUUCAACCAGAUAGUCACCAUCCUUACGUCCACCUCCACCAACGGUACAGCUCAGAUGUAUGUUGUUGACAAGUGGAAGGAGCAGGUUCAGAAUUUGUCUGACUCUGGCAGCCUUCAGCUCCACAAGUUAACCAUGGUCCACCAGGGGACCUACAGCUGUGAACUCUCUACUGCCAGAGACACACACCUGAUCCUCACCUACCUGCAGAUCACACCUGAUAAACUAUCUGAUGUUUCAGAUGGACUGAGUCCAGGUUCAAUCACUGGUAUAAUAAUAGCUGCAGUGAUUAUAGCUGCAGUGAUUAUAGCAGCAGUGAUAUGUUACCUGCUGAGAGGUCUCAAAUCCAAAAAGCCCACAAGGUCUCAAGAGAUGAACACCAUCUCACCUGAAGAGGAAGAGUCACUCUCUGCCGCAGCAAAUACAAAUGGUCCAAAUGAAAACGAUCAGAGUGGAAAACCACUUCAGAAUGAAGAAGAAAGAGAGGAAGACAGAGAAAGACAACAACAAGGUCAAGGAGAAGAGGGGUCAGCCAUAUCAACUUUAGUAAUUCCUUGAAUCAAGGAGAGAACAUUGACCCAGGGGAGGACAGAGGAAUGUUGAAAUUGCGGUAAUUGUCCAAUUGCAUACAGUACUAAGAUGUGUGUCCAGAAGAGACUGUUACAAGGAGUACUUGUUACUGGGACAAGGUCCCCAUCUACUGGUUUUCAUGUGUAUUACAUCUUAAACUGGUUUGUGGGUCCACAUUCAUCAGGCAGCGUUCAGUGCCGCAUGAUCGUACUAGAUUCUACACAGGACAAUAAGGCAGGGAGGAGUUUUCAUUCAUGACAAUAACCCUGUUGUCUGGUUUCCGGUUUCCGUGGAGAUGGCCAGAGUUCAGGUUCUCAUGACAUUAAGGGGUCUGGUGUCGGUAGUGAUUCUGCUAUGGACUGCCACACCCAUGGAGGGGGGAGGUGAGCAACAACCAUCAUUACAGUCGGUGUUAUUUUAACUGUCUUUACCUUCUGUCUAUCUCUGUAUGUCUCAAAAAACUAAAUUCCAUGGUGAUCGCUAGCCACAAUUUCUCUGGGCCCCACAAAGUAGACCACCGGCCGCUGUCCAUAGUGCUGAAAUUGCAACAUGUCUAUGCGGCUACAUGUCUAUCGAAACGAUGAUAUGCUUUCUAAGGUGCAGGGCAUGGCUUUGCUUUAGCUAAUGGACACAUGUUUAUAGGUAGGCCUAUUUGGUCGUCACUUUCUCAGGUUAAGGCUAACAUUUCACGAAGCUAUAGAGCCUACACGGUGUCUCAACUGGCAAUAAUGUAAUUACAAUGAUAGAAAUGUACUGUACAUUUUACAGUAAAUUACUGGCAGUUAAGUUGCCAACAAAGUACUGUGAACUUACAGUAUUUUAUUGGCACUUUAUUGCCAGUAAAUUACUGUAAAUGAGGCACCAGUAACUUACAGUAAAUAUAUGAUAGUACCGUAAAUGAACAGUAACUCACUGUAAAUCAACAUUAUUACAGUACUUUAUUGGCAACUUAAUUGCCAGGAAAUUACUGUAAAUGGGAUACUAGUAACUUACAGUAAAUAUGUAUCAUAGUACUGUAAAUCAAAUUCCAGAACCCAACUGUAAAUACAUAUUUUGUUCCAGCAUUUGAUUGGCAACAUAAUUACCAGUAAAUGUAUGUAAAUUGCUAUUACAGUGUUGUAAAUGAGAAUCCAAUGCCCUGUUGUACGUUGAGUAACAUAAUAUUAAUGUAAAUUGCUGUAACCAUUCAAAUGAAACAACUUUGUGUUCAGCAAUAGAAUAGAAGACAAGAAACGUAAGUACAGUUAAAUUAACUUUAAGUGGACAGCAACAGCAGGUUUCCAUAAAGAUGACUUUCAGAGUGAGUGAGUGAGUGAGUGAGUGAGUGAGUGAGUGAGUGAGUGAGUGAGUGAGUGAGUGAGUGAGUGAGUGAGUGAGUGAGUGAGUGAGUGAGUGAGUGAGUGAGUGAGUGAGUGCGUGUGUGCGUGCGUGCGUGCGUAUGUGCGUGCGUGCGUGCGUGCGUGCGUGCAAGAAGGAAAUAAUACAUACCCAGUAACAUGAGUUGAGGAAAUGCUCAUUGAUGUUAUUCUCCCAGUCAUGUCUGACAUAGACCAUUAGAAUUGCAUGGUUAGACACAUCUGUGUAUUCAUCCAUCUGCAGUGCAUAGUGGCCAUUUGCCCUGAUGUGUAAUGUCUGGAGCGUUAUGUCCUCAGACAUGUCCUGGAUUCUCCUCCUCGUGAUGUCAUUGGAUCGGGGGAUGGUUUUAAGUUAAUUGGUGGCUUACUCCCAAGAUUUCACUGCACACAUUAAUCACAGCAGGGAGUAUGAGAUCCCCUGCACUGGUGUGGGCUUUUUUUGCACUUAGCAAUGCGCUAGGUCACAAGGUAUGAUGCGCAAAGGGCCUUUUCUUGUACGGUUGAUACAUUCUUCAAUUCAUCUUGUGAGGCCUCCAGAUAAUUUCAAUUUUUAAAAAAAAAGUCAGCUGUCUUAUCUUUGUGGCGUGGAUGCUUGGUGUCCAGAUGCCUUCUCAUUUUAUAUAGGUAUUUUCUCUUCUUGACAGGGACUGAGCUGUCUGCCUUGAUAUUGACAUUGGAAGCAGCAGUAGAUGAAGAGGGAGCUGCACGGUUUAAAAACGUCUCUAUGAUUGUACUUUGACAGCUAGCCUAUUUGAGUUAAAUGACAGUUAACUAUCCACAUGUGCAAUGCCUGCAGAACAUGUCAUCAUAGUUAGCUGUCAAUCAAGAUAGCUGUCAGAAGAAGAUCUGUAUUAUCUGAUUGGACAUGUCACAUUUAAGUAUUUUUAUUGGAUCAGUGUUUGUUUGUGUCGAGAAAUAUGUAAUUUCAUUGGAUAUGUUCGUGUGGGUGGGGCGAGAACGUUAUUGUAUUUGUCAGUGAGUGUGUGCAGCGCGAAAACCCCCUGAGACUGAACCUAGCUAGCCAUACAUUUUCACCACUGCAGACGCGCUGCACGUAUAACGUCAGAAACAAUAUGCGUGGUUGACCUUCAAAAUAAUGUUUAAAUAAAAGUUGUGACCCUCCAGUUGAGAAUCACUGUAUUAAAGAACAGUGGUUUUCCUUAGUAUUUCUUAGACAAGAAAAUAAAACAAUAUCAAUAACACAGAAAUAAUUACAUAAAUAUUAAAAUUGACAAUAUUUAUGAAAAUGUUAUGUGGUUUCCAUGACAUCCACAAAAAACAACUAAAUCCUCUGUAAAUAGGAAAGUAAAUGCAAAACAUUUGAUUCGUUAACCUUCUUAGGUACGCGGCUUUGGAUACAAGUGUCUGUUAAAUUACUCAAAUGUAAAAUGUACAACUUAUAGAUUUGUCUAUCGAUGGCAGUGUUGUGCUGAAGCAACACAAGCACAAUGAUAAACACAAUUUUUUAAUUUAUUUUAUUUCACCUUUAUUUAACCAGGUAGGCUAGUUGAGAACAAGUUCUCAUUUGUAACUG